UCUGUCUCUGGAUGUGAAAAUUACAUGUAGCGCUACAGGCUGUUAGCGGUGUGUGUGUGUCGCUCAGACGUCUCGCUUUUUAGCCCAAAACACAGAAACGUGCUGGAGACUACGCAUGAAGAAAUUAAGCUGAAAGAAGAGAGGUGCUUCAAUGAUGCUGCUGUGAAGAAAAAUUCUCUCUGAUCAUCAUGAAUGGUCUGACGCCAGCACGGAGCCUCUGAUUGGCGCAGGAUAAUUGCUUUUGUUAACAUAUAUUAGUAUUUAAUGUGGAGGAGGCUACGUUUAAUUGAUUUGAGACAUAUCAAGGAUCUUGGACUCUCUUUAGCAGGGGCGCAGUUGGAUUUGUUGGGCCCACUAUGCUGUGGGACCCCCUUUUUUUAAAUGGUAUAAUCCACUUGCUUUUUCCUUUUCUUAGUCUGGGAAUCUCCAGGUUUUUUAACCUCACUGACAGCCAGAAUGGUCCACCUGACAGCUGGUUUAUGACUUUUUAACUGUGCUGUGUGUUGUGCUUCUGACUGGUUUCAAUGAUACAUUCAAGCCUUCAGCUGUUACUCUAAGGGACUUUUAUUUUUUUUACCUCGUUUACUAAUUUGCGUUGUGCCUUUGUAGUCAUCUUUGCUGGACGCCUGUUUCAAGGGAGAGUAGUCACAGUACUAAAUGAUCUCCAAUUGUAGAAAUUGUGUCUAAUAAUGGACUGAUGAAUAUCUAAACUCUUGGAGAUUACUUUGUUACCCUCGCCAGUUUUAUUGAAAUCAACAUUUCUUGAUCUUCUGAGAUCUCUUUUUAGUGAGUCAUGUCAGCAGACCCAUCUUGUGAAUAGCAAAUUAAAAUAUUUGAGUGAUUAUUAUAGGUCAAAAUAUCCUCAAACAACACCUCCAGUCCUUUCCUUUCUCUUGGAAUCUCUUGGGUUGUUUGAACCUCACUGACCGGCAGAAUGGUCCACCUGACAGCUGGUUUAUGACUCUUUCCUGUGCUGCUCUGUGUUUUCUCAUGCCUUGCUCAUCAACACAACUAUGAUAGGCUCACCUGACGUGGUGGCUUUCACUAAAGAGGAUGAUUUCGGGCAGGCAGAUCCCGACCCCUGGGCCAUCCCCGAGGAGUUUUCUGUCCCUCUAUCUCCAAUCUCUGACUCCAACCCCUGGGCUAAAACCUCCUACGCCAAGUUCACCAAAGACUUCAUCCUCAUCUCCGAGUUCUCCGAGCAGGUCGGCCCUCAGCCUCUCCUCACCAUCCCCGAAGACCCCAAAGUCUGCGGCACCUUCGACCUCAACUACUUCUCCCUGCGCAUCAUGUCGGUGGACUACCAGGCCUCCUUUGUGGGGCAUCCGCCCGGCAGUGGGUACCCGAGGCUCAGCUUUGUGGAGGACUCCAGGGUGGUGCUGGGAGACUCAAAGGAAGGAGCGUUUGCAUACGUCCAUCACCUCACGCUUUACGACCUGGAAGCGAGGGGCUUCGUGCGACCGUUCUGCAUGGCGUACGUCUCGGCUGACGAGAGGAAAAUCAUGCUGCAGUUUCAGGAGCUUUCCCUCCGCUUCUCUCAGGCGUCCGAGUGUCUGAAGGCUGGGAACAGGAGGGCGUUUGCCAAGGAGCUCCAGAGGAAGCUGCGGGAUCUGGAGUACACUCACUCGGUGCUGCAGAGGGAGGAGGGUCUGCAGAGAGAGGCUGGGACUCAGCGCAUGUACUCCGCUCACGCUGUGGAGAAAGCCAACGAGCUCGCUAACGUGGAAAAAAGCAUCUACGAACACCGAGACCUGCUGAGACAGAUCAGCUCCUACAAUAAACGUCCGCGCCGAGACCCUCAAGCCGUCAGCUGCCAGAGGUGCAUCAACGAGUGCUUGAUCGAAUGCGAGCAGCUGAUAGACAAAUAUGCAAAGCUUGCCAGGCCUUUUAGCUACAAUGACAAAGAUGAAACGGGGCAGGCCAUCGAUGCUGGAGGUGAAGAAGAAGGGGAUGGUGAAGGCGUUAAGCGAAGGCCGUCCUACACGCCACAGCUGAUCAAAGCUAAGUCUGCAAAGUGUUUCGACAAACGCCUGAAGACCCUGCAGGAGCUGUGCGACGUUACUUUCUACGACGCCACCGUGACGCUCCUGAAGGACACGGAGAAGGGUUUCCGGGGGGAUCUUUGCUACCUUCACACACAACGCCUGGACAAGGCACUACGCAGGAAACAGAGAGUUACCAACUUCCUGUUUGAGGAGGACCUCGGGGAUGACGAUGAAGAGGAUGAAAGGGGGACCCUGAGACCAUUCUGUGCUGUGAACCAUGCUGUAGAUAACUAUACUCCUUUAAAUCCACCUCAUAUUGUGCUUGGAACAGAACCUCUAGUGUUGGAUGAUCUGGAGCCUCCGGAUCCUCUCAACCCCGGCCAUACUUCAGAGACCGAACCUGGGCUUGUGGAGAGCCAUCUGGAUUCCUCCCCUUCAGAUCAAACUCUGGAGACUCAAGGGAGCUCAGAAGGGAACAAAGGAAGCUUCAGCAGCGAUAAGAGCGGACUGGAUCUCGCAGAGAAGCAACUGAAUCGGACUAAAUCAGAAGCUCCUGAUCCUGAUUGUGAACUGACCAAUGAACCGGACAUGGAGAGGGAAAGCAGCAGCGAAGAUUUGGAGACAACUGCUGGGGAUGAUGAUGGAGACGGGACUCCUGUGUCACUUCUGGAGGUUGUGUCCGAGCUGGAGGCCAGCAGAGAUGACGAGUGUGAAGUAAUAACUGACGGGGCUUCGGAUAUAUUGAUUCCUUUGGACUCUGCUUGCUGUAUGGCCCAGGAGGGUUUCCUUUACGAAGCUUCUCCAGCAGAGAGAACUCCUUGUGUUGGCCAAAGCUCCAACUCGCAAUCCCCAGUUGUCAACCAGGAGCCUCAGGCCCUUCUCCCCCUCCAGAACGACUACACGGUGGGUUCUCCGGGCUCAGAAAGCCCCGCCACUGGACUGGAGUUGCCUGUUGGGCUCCUCGGAGAUGCCGUUUCCCGAACCUCAUUGGAGGAAGGGUCAGACUGUACCAUGAGUGCUUCUACAGGGUCCGAUCGGGCUGCUUCACCUCUUGGCUACGGGGGAGUUGUGACCCUGCGUCAGAGGAAGAAGGCCGGACAAGGAGCGCUGAAGUUUGUGCGACAGUAUCCGUUUGCCAUGCAGGCGCUGUGGUGUCUGCUGAGCGGCCGCACGCUGGUGGUGCUCGGGGCCGACGAGGGGAGGGUCCGCCGGCUCGUUUCUGCUCUCGCUCUCUUUGUGCCGGCGCCGGGGAAAUGUGGAGAGAGAGUUCAAGCCUGGCUGUCCUGUGCCUUCACCCUCACCGACCUGCAGAGGUGGAAACUCAUUGGCUUACAAAGAGUGGCGUCCCCUGUCGGCUCCAGCAUGCUCUACUCUCUGUCGCGCUACAGCCGCUACAUCUCCAUCCUGGACGUCGACCAGAAAACGCUGCGCUGUCCUCCGUACCGAGGCCAGCUGCUCGCCAACAUCGCCGACCAUCGCACCUCUAUCCGCCGCGGCUCCACCUUCUUCCUCCACCUGCAGAGCACGCUGUGUGAGAUGGCAGCCAAGGCCUUCCUGUUGACCUUCACCCACCACCUGCACCUCCCCGUCAGCUGCACCGAGGGGCCGGAGGGGGUGGAGGGCCGGCGCCGCUGCUUCCUGCAGGAACAGCUGGGUCUGGGGCACGAGGACAGCCAGAUCCUGCUCUACCUCAACCAGCUCGUCACGCAGCACUACCUGCAACCCGCCACCGGGGGCAGCGCAGCGGCAACCAGCUUCACCUUCAACUACACCACCAGCGUUUUAUACAAAAUCUGAUUUGAACCUGAGGAUUCCCACAUAUAGUUUUAGCAAAUAUCAUCGUCGACUCUUUGUUUUUAAAUGGACCAAAGGAUAAUUUUAAAGAGGGCCACGCUCAGUUUUAUUUCCAGGAAAACCUCUUAAAUAGUUAUUGUUUUAUUUAGUGUGUAAGCUGUCUUUCUCUCUGCCUUGCUGUCUUUUUGUCUUGUCGUCCUUCUUCCUCUACGGGAAGAAAAACAGAGACAGUUGUGAAUGUCAGUGAGCAUUUUGUCUGUAUUUGGUCCAGAACACAAUCACAAACCAAACACAGCACACGAAGGUCAGUGGUACUUAUUGUCAUUGUGUGUUUUAAUGGAAAUGUUACUUGCGCUGGCUUGUUUAGGGUCAUUUCCGCCCUUUCUCCUCAGCACACAAACACACUCUUGUGUUAGCUAACCAUAGCUCUGUGUUGACAUCCACCAAUCACAGUUUUCAGCUAUGAUAAUCUUAGCUAUGUAUUUUUAGGAUUACUGCAACAUUCUCACGUAUGCUGACAUUGUCUGCCCGUGAAAUCUUAUCAGCAGGCUUAUCACAGCUGGUUUUGUGACAUGCCUCUCUUCCAAAUUAACCUCCUGAAGCCUAUUCCUUUUUUAUAUUUCUUUUAUGAGCCAAUUUCAAACGCACAUUCCUGCAGCAAUCUUCAUUUUAUAUCCAAAUAGAGACACAAUGUUGGAUGUAAGCUGAGUGGAUUUGUGGGCAUGGAUUAAACAUUCCUUACCUUAAGUUGGCGAUGCAUGAGAAAGUAAUAUGUGCUGCGUGAACUACACACGGAGAGCCCCAUGUGAUAUUUGCAUGUCCGGAAAUCAUACUCACCCAUGUUGGGCCGGUGUCACUAUUAAGGGCUCACGGAGCAUUUUCAUGGAUAUUACUCACACCGUGCAGGAAAUGUACUUAAACCUAAAUGUAUUGAAUUUCACUGUUGUCUUAAAAGUUGUCUGAGAGUGUUGUGGUGUCAGCAUGAGACUGUCUUGUGCUCGGGUGAAUCACCGUGUUGAUAAUAUUUCUGUUUCGUUGUAAUUGGAUGAAGAUGCUGAAAGAGUUUGAGGUGACAGGGAUGAUGUUCUAUAGAGUUUAUUAUAGGGGAAAGAAUGAUUUCCUGUGCCAUCGAAAACGAGCUAACUUGAAUUAGGACAGCUGCCUAUUAUUUAUUUUUCUUCUGAGCAGCCAUUGCUGGAUGUGUGAAAUGGACAAAACUUGUGUGUAUUUAUUGCUUUAGGACAAAUUUGGAUUAUGACCAUCAUGAUAAGUACGCUUCGAUUUUCUCUUCGCAGCAUUCUGGAGAAAAAAAGGAAAUCUUUUACAGGCCUUAUUAUGCUUUUUGGGGUUUUCCCUUUCCUCUAGUGUGCUACAAGGGUUUUUAGUGCAUGUAAAUGGUCGGCAAAGGCUAAAUUCUCUCCCACACGCACUCCGCCCCCUGCCUGAAACACCUCCGUUGGACUCCUAUUGUUUACUUCCGUGACAUAUUGACAUCACUAUCUAACAUUCGUGCUCCCAGUGGCUAGAGCUCCAACAUAUUGAAUGUGAUAGGCUAAGGGGCGGGACAUCUCUUAGUAUUUGACCAAUCACAUCCGAGCUGGCCAACUAACCAAUCAGAGCAGACUGGGCUCUGGUUUCAGACAGAGGGUGAAAAGAGGUGCUGCAGCACAGGCAGUAUGUCACAGGAGAGGAACUAAAUACAAAUAUUAACCAGAACAUCAGCAUAAUAGGGCCCCUUUAAGUUUCUGCCACAUCGGCCAGUUUAACAACACUUCAGAAGCGUAUCGAUGGUAUUUCCAGAUUUGACUAAUUCUGUGGCGUCAGUAUUGGAGAUGUAAUUCCGUAUCUUAGAAUGGUAAAUGUACUUGUGACUGCAUGGUCAGACGUUUAUUGUGAAAGGUCAAAAGAACGUGGCAUCGCGGCUGCUGCCCUUCCUGCUUCGAAAAGACACUUUUUAAUUUUAACUCACAGCUACCUUACAUUUUUAACUCUAAUGUAAUAUUUCAGUUUAAUGCUCAAUCUUUUUUUUUGCCAAGUGAUGUAUUUUUAAUAUUUCUUUAAUGCUUGAAUAACACAUUUUACUGCUAUUUUUUUAAGUUUCCUCCCUAUAAUGCAAAAAGGUGAAUGUAAUCUGAUAAGCCAUACCACAGUGUGCUUAACACGUCGUCACUCAGUGUCCUUAUGUUGCCAUGUCAUGCCCACCUUUUGUAUCUCAUCACGAGGGGGUGUCGUGCUCACUUGAGGCGGCGUUGAUGCCAUUGAUUUGACUAAAGCACGUUGUGAAUGUCUUUGCCGCUUGAUGUAAAUGUUGUUGAUAUUCAUUUAUCCCAUUAAAUUAUUUGAAUCCA